AUGUCAGAGACUCCCGUUUCAGCAGACUUCUCGUCUUCUCCGCCCAAGAGGACCAAAAUUGUCCUCCUGGGGGACCAGAGUGUUGGAAAGACCAGCCUUAUUACGAGGUUUAUGUAUGACACUUUCGACAACACGUACCAGGCGACAAUCGGCAUCGAUUUCCUAAGCAAGACGAUGUAUCUAGAGGAUCGGACAGUGAGGCUACAACUGUGGGACACUGCUGGUCAAGAACGGUUUCGCUCACUAAUUCCAUCAUAUAUUCGAGACUCGUCCGUGGCCAUCGUCGUUUUCGAUAUCACAAAUCGCCAGUCAUUCCUGUCAACAACAAAAUGGAUAGACGACGUUCGAUCAGAACGAGGGACCGACGUCAUCAUCGUGCUCGUGGGCAACAAGGCUGAUUUAUCUGACAAGCGGCAAGUAACUCUAGAAGAGGCGACAGCCAAGGCUACACAAAUGAACAUAAUGUUCAUGGAAACAUCGGCGAAGGCAGGCCAUAACGUAAAGAGUCUGUUCAAGAAGAUCGCAAUGUCUCUGCCAGGGAUGGAGAAGGAGACUCAGGGAGAUGCCAACACGAAAAUCGACGUCACAACACCGAACACCGAAGUACCAGAAGCUUCACAGUGCCAGUGUUAA